CCUCAAACGCCACACGGACAAAGAACCCAUCCAGCCACACAAGAUGCCGCAGUGGGGUGGCGGAGCUCAGUGUGCUGCGUGUCAGAAGACGGUUUAUCACGCUGAAGAAAUCCAGUGUAAUGGGAGGAGCUUCCACAAGACCUGCUUCAUCUGCUUGUCUUGCAGAAAAGCUCUGGACAGUCAUACAGUUGCAGCUCAUGAGUCGGAGGUUUACUGUAAAUCCUGCUACGGCAAGAAAUAUGGUCCAAAAGGCUAUGGCUACGGACAGGGAGCUGGUGCUUUGAGCUCCGACCCCCAAAACCAUGAGUCAUCCCAACAACAGUCCAAACCGAAGCCUUCCUCCUCGGGUGGUAACUCAAAGUUCAGUCAGAAGUUUGGAAGUUCUGAUCGUUGUUCUCGCUGCUCCAAAGCCGUGUACGCCGCAGAGAAGGUCAUGGGAGGAGGGAAGCCGUGGCACAAGACGUGUUUCCGCUGCGCUCUGUGUGGGAAAAGUCUGGAGUCCACCACAGUCACUGAUAAAGAUGGAGAGAUCUACUGUAAAGUGUGCUACGCCAAAAACUUUGGACCUAAAGGUUUUGGUUUGGGGAACGAGGCGAUGCUGGAGUAAAGAGACUGAAUUACCCCAAAUUUGUUUAAAUUUAAUUAAUUAAAACAGUUAAGAAUG